AACGCUGCUCCAUCUUCAACAGCAACAAGCACCUGCCUAGACACACGACAUCCUUAUCGACAUCUCUGCAUCCUGAUCACGACACGCAGUGCAUCGAAGCCGUGUCCAAGACACGACACAUUCGACCAGAGCUCGCAUCAUGGAGCAACAGCGUCGUAAAUAUGUAUCAAAGGCAUGCCAACAAUGUCGCCAACGACGUGCGAAGUGCGACGGUAUACAGCCGAUGUGUUCGCCAUGUCAUGCCCGUUCUGAUAGCUGCCAGUACAGUGCCUCUGCUGAUCACCGCAAGCCUGCUCCAAAGGCCUAUGUGCAACUUCUGCGUACCCGCAUCGAGCUGUUGGAGCAGGCGCUGCGGUCUAACUGCAUUGAUGUUGAUGAAGCUGUGGCAAAAUCUGCUGUUGACUUGGGCUCCGCUCGUUAUCCUACAGCUAGUCCUCAUGGCAGCGGCACAGACACUCCCAAUUUCGAGCAACUUUGCGCCGUUUACGAGGGUGCGUUGUCUCUGGACGAAUCUCUGACUUUCGACCAAGAUGGCGAGGUACGAUACUUUGGUCCCACCAGUGGACGCCUAGAGUUCCUACCAGUCAAUGAAGCAGAUGGACAACAUGCAUCUCCGAUAAGUGCAAUAGACGAUCAGGCGUCUGUGAGAUCAAGGACUUAUCAAAAUCAGUUCCUGCUUGAAUUGGAGCAUGACCAUGUGGAUGAAAAUCUGCAACGUCAUCUCAUAGACCUUUACUUCACCUGGCAGAAUCCUUGGACCCCCAUCGUUGAUGAGGAUCUAUUCCGGCAAAGCGAACCGGUGCAUGGUCGCUACUCUAGUCCACUACUUCUCAAUUGCAUAUUGGCAGCUGGAUCUCGAUUUUCGGACAGGACCGAGGUCCGCUCAGAUCCUCAAGAUCUUACAUCAGCUGGACGGUUCUUCUUAGAGAAGGCAGAAAUUCUGUUGCAUUAUGACCUCAAGUGGCCUAGAUUAACGACCAUCCAGGCACUCUCAAUUUUGGUCGGUGUAUAUGUUGGUAUUGGUGCCGAGUCUGCUGCAUGGUUGCAUCAAGGUAUGGCUAUACGUAUUGCCUUCGACUUGGGCCUUAAUUUUGAUGCGACGUCCCUCCCUGGGUCCCACCUGAUAUCCAGUGAAGAAGCGGAAUUACGGCGCCGCAUGUACUGGGUUUUGUACUGCGACGACAAGCUACACGCCCUGUACACUGGUCGUGUGUGUACCAUGAUGGACACACAAGCAGCCGUGAAGCUUCCGAGUCGACGGCAAUCGCCGCAAGUAAGUGACAACGGUGGUAGAGAAGUGCAGCUGAAACUCCACUGCGCACUGAUUGGGCUAAGUCAAGUACUAGAGAAGAUGAUCCUUGGUUUCUACGUACCAAAACCUCAGUAUCGCGGUAUGCAACGAGAAGCUUUCUUCGAUUCCUGUCUUCUCGAAAUCCAGAAUUGGGCGUACGACCUUCCUCCUGAUCUCAGACUAGAGACAUCUAAAGAGAAGAAUACCGUGCCUCAGGUAUACACACUACAUAUGGUGUACCACACGACCCUCAUUCUGCUAGGCAACGCAUUGUUAUCCGUCAAAUCCGGGACUGCAGUUGGACUGUCCCAUCCGAUCUGUCAAAAAGCUCUCGACACUUGCCACGAAGCGGCACGCAAUGUGUCCAUUGUGGCCAAGAAGUUCAGAGACGUCUUUGGCAGCUUCAGGAGAAGCCCAGUAUCGGCCACUCACUGCUUACAUUCAGCCGCUCUUGUUUUCAUCCAGAUUGAGAAAGCAAAGAGUUCCCAUCCUAAUAUACGAGCAGUGAGUGAAUCUGCAAAUCUCUGUCUUAAUGCUCUUGCGGAGCUCUCCUUUGCGUGGAACCCAGCCGAGCGAAUUCGUCUGAAUCUUUGUUAUCUACGGUCACGACAGGGCACUGCGCUUCGCAGACCAGCCACGCAAAUCUCAAUGGGCGAUCGAGACACUCGUCCGUCCUUAGGGAUGCCUGGUAUUCCUACGGCUACGGGCACCGAUGGUAGCACGGAAGCCCAGUCAUGUGACCACGAGGCUUUCAAUGUUUCCAGGCCGCGCCUUGAACACGAGGAUGCGUUAUUGCCAAUUGCGAAUGACGCUCAGUGUCAACCGAACCUCGGAUUUGAUGCGGAUCUGUUCAGCGAUGGCCUUAUGGAUCCAUCGUUCUUUAUGGAUGUGGACCUUAAUCUCACGUAAUAUGCGAUUUAGGAUUGGCAACCGCAAGCUCAUGUGAAAAUGAGUGUGUAUCGAC